AUGAAAAAAAUUAUUGUAGAAGAUGAGGAUAUUUUUAAGAGUAAUGAUUUUAUUACACUUGAAAAAGAAGAAUUUCUUUAUUUUUAUAUUAAUCAUCCAAAUAAUAUUACUGAAAUUGACAAAAAAGAUUUUAGUCAAAAAGUUUGUCCCUUUUAUCAAGCUUUUGAUUAUAUUCAACUUUUAGAUACAUAUACUUUUGAUGAAUUUCAAAGUUCAAAUCUUGCAAAUGAAUCUUUUAAAAAUUUAUCAGAUUCUUCAUUUUCUUUUUUACUAAAUCAAUUUAUAAAAUCUACUAUACUUACAUCUAAUAUUAAAUUACCAGUAUCUGUAGGAAUUAAAUUUGAAUCUUCCAAAGUCAAGUCUAUUGCAGAUACAAUAUCUAAAUCUACUACAACUAUAGAAUUUAAACCUACUAUCAAAACCUUUACUCCUAUCUCUAGUGGGAUUACAUCUACUUUUGAAACUUCUAAAAAUACUUAUCAUACAGCUUCAACAAGUUUUUUAUUUUCAUUAAAUCUUCAAAAUUUAGAUAAUUCAAUAGUUAGUAAAAUAAUUGAUACAGAGCAUACAAUUAGACAAAAUAGAUAUACAGGUCCAUCUUUUGGAAAAAAUAAUUUAAAAAUUUGUAGUGAAUCAAAAGAAAAUGAAAAAAGUAGAUGUAGUAAAA